AUGGCUCUCGUCGCGUCAGAGGAACACGAAUACUUCAAGGCGGUUGGAAAGCGGGCGAUCGCCGAUCUAUGGAAGUACCACAAUCAUCCGGAGAACUUCCAAUCCAGCAAGUUUUCUGAAGGCGAGAUCAAGGUCUACACAAUGAAAAGUGACAACCCCGACUGUCCCGAGGAUAUCGCCAAAGCUUCCAUCUCUCUAGAAGGCACUACUCUCAACCACGCACUUGCUCUGGUUUUGCCAUGGAUGCCUUACAGAACGCAAUGGGAUGAUCUUCUUGCCCGAGUAAAGGUGCUCGAUGAGAUUUCUCCUACCAUGAAGAUCGUUCAUCACGUGACUAAAAAGAAGACUCCAUUGAGCGCUCGUGACUCUGUAGAUGUGGUCUCCAUCGACGCUCGAAAAAGCACAUCAACUGUCAUCCUUGCUGCUCGCUCAGUUGAAAAGGCCGACGUGCCCGAACUCAAGGAUCAUGUACGCACUUUUCAACAUCUGGGAGGAUUUGUGAUUCAAGAUUGUGGAGAAGGAAAAAUCGACUUCGAGUUGUACUUCCACGGCGAUUUGAAAGUUGAACACAACUGGAAAAAUGUGUGGCGCUACUCGAAAGGGGUUUUGCUGAAAAAUUUAGCCCCAGCGCUUUUGAAUAAGAAUGUCUCUACGGCACAUUGCAACUCGGAAGAAGAUCCCCGUACCGCACUUCUCACUCAAUCACUUGCAGAUGUGCAGAUGCCGGUGGGAAAUGACUCCGAAGAUCUCGUUCAGCCACUCAACGAGGAUUUAACUGAUGGGAAUGACUGGGAAAAGAGAUCACUCCCUCCUCGCUUGGGAAUCGGCUCACGAAUUCGUCUCUUUUUGUUGAUGUCAAUUCUCACAUCAAUCGCCAAUUUCCCUUCCGCAUUUACACACACUUCAAUCAACACGGCAGUACAUGAAGUGAAUGAAUAUCUUAAUCGGUCAUACGCACAAAGAGAGAUCAUUCUUGAGAAUCAUCAUAUUUCGAUCAUUCGCUCAACAAUCAAUUGUGUCUGGUAUUUGGGACAAGUCGGUGGAGCGCUUGCGAGUCCUUUCAUUUGUGAUAAAUAUGGGAGAAAAGUGGCUUUCAUCCUCUCCUCAUCUUUCGUCACUCUCGGAGCGCUUCUUCAAUUCUUAGCCGUUUUCUCGUCAUUUCCCGAGAUUUUCUUCAUCGGUCGAGUCCUGGCCGCUGUUUCAUCACCUUUAAUGGAUGCUGCUCUAAUCGUUUAUUUGCAAGAAUGUGCUCCAGAUCGUGUCCGUGGCAGUAUGUCCUCUCUUUUCUCAACUGGAUAUGCGGUCACUUGUCUUCUUGGAAUGGCUCUCGGACAAGAUGCGCUACUUGGAAAAUCGAUGAAACUUCUUUUAUUCGUUCCCUUGAUUACUGGUUUUCUUUCUACUCUCUACCUCCUUACAAUACCCGAUACACCAAAAUAUUUGGCCAUCAAGAAAAACAAUGAAAAAGCAGCUAAAAGAUCAAUAGCGUAUUUCUUGGGAAACUCUGUCGAUCAUCGAAUUGAGAAAGAGCUUCUUGAAGAAGAAAUUACCGAUAAUGACCUCAAAAAGGGGAAUAUUUCGGCUUUAUGGUCUUGCGGUGCCCUCGGCCGAUCCCUUCUCCUUUCGCUAGCCGCUCUCGUUUUCACUCUCCCAUUUUUCCCGAUCCUUCAAAGCUCGACGUACAUUUUCUCGAGUAUCGGCAUUGAAAAAGAAAUCUCGCAAACAUCGUCAACAGUUUUAAUGAUUCUCUUCACAAUCGCUUGCUUCAUCUCAACUUCAAUCAUUGAUCGUUUCCCCCGACGAUCUUUCCUUCUCACAUGUGGUGCGAUCUCAAUGUUUUUAUUGCUUUUCUUCCCGAUCUCCGAUCUUUUCUUUACCAGUCGAUAUCCAAUCAUUUUCUUUGCUGGAAUUUAUAUUUUUAUUUAUGGUGUCGGUGUUGGUGGAGUUGCGUGGACAGUUGGACCAGAGCUGGUUCCCAUAAAUUACAGAUCGGCUCUUUUCUGUGUCUGUUACGCUCUCCACAGUUCCCUCGUCGUAUGCACAAAUUUCAUCGUAAUUCCUUUGUUUGACUGGUUGGGUCUGAUGGCGAUCCCUUUGCUGUACAUUCCAAUUCUCGGUGUUGCCUGGAUUCUUCUCUUCUUUAAACUGCCGGAAACGAAUGUUUAUCAUGGGAAA